AUGACUUCUCUACAGAGAAACGAUGGUCUCAAGAUCCACUCUUCGAAUGAACAGCCCGAGACUCGGCGAGAUAUCGCUGGCAACCCCGAGGAAAACCCUGAGCCAAUGGUGAAGAAUGGAGUUGUCGUAAGUUCGGCGACCAAGCCAGAGGCCAAAAGUGUCUGGCUCGCCUGGCUCUACAUCUUCAAUUGGUAUCCUAGUCAUUACAGCAAGGAAGAGAAACGACUGUUAAGGAAACUUGAUCGCACUAUUCUACCACUUAUUUGUUCCAUGUGUAAGAUUCUUCUUCUCCUAGACUUCAUCAAGUGGCUUGACCAGUCCAACAUCAACAAUGCUUACAACUCAGGCAUGAAAGAAGAACUCAACCUCAAAGGCAUUGAAUACAAUUUGUUCUCUACUUUCUACAACAUUGGCUAUCUGGUAAUGGAAAUCCCUUGCAUGCUGCUCAUCUCACGACCCAAAUAUGCUCGUUGGGUUCUUCCCAUCUGCGAAACUCUCUGGUCAAUCAUCACAUUCAUCCAGUGCCGCAACAACAGCGCCCCGAUGAUCUAUGGCAUGCGAUUCUUAAUGGGCCUUUUCGAAACCCCAGCUGCUACGGGCUCUUUGUACAUUCUUUCCUCUUGGUACCGAUCGGACGAGGUAUUCAAGCGCGCCGGUGUCUGGUAUGUCUCGAGUAACAUCGGUGCCAUGUUUGGUGGUUACAUGCAGGCUGCUGCUCACGCUGGUCUGGAUGGAAAGGGAGGCAUGGCAGGAUGGCGUUGGGUGUUUAUUAUUGAUGGUAUUAUCUCCUUGCCUAUCGCCAUUGCUGGCUUCUUCUUUUAUCCAGGCGUUCCUACCAGUAACCCACGUGUCUGGUGGUUGAGCGAAGAAGACCAAAAGCUGGCUCAGGCCCGCAUGCAAGAUGAUGGUAUGAGGAAGAGUAAGAAGAUUGGCAAGCAGAUGCUUAAGCGCGUCUUCCGCAACUGGCACUUUUAUAUCGCUGUCAGCACUUACGUCUGUUUCCAACUGACGACCUGGGUUGCCGGUCAAAUGAUCGUCUGGGUAAAGUCUACUGGCCAAUACUCCGUUGAGAUGAUCAAUAUCGUGCCAACUGGAGUCCAAGCCCUCGCUAUUGUGGUCGGUAUAGUAGUUCCGUCGUUUGUUAUGGUCUAUCCGAUUUGGGUACCGUUCUGUUUCGCAGGAACUGUCCUUCUUUUCUGCCAUUCGACUCUUCUAGUCUGGAACAUUCCUCUCGGCUUGCAUUUUGCCGCAUACUUCCUCCUUGGAAUGAGCUCCUGCAUUACCCCUAUGCUCUUCCCAUGGGUGCAUUUAAUCAUGAAGGACGAUAACGAAGCAAGAAGUUUCACCACUGGUGCCAUGAUGACUGUUGGCUGGGCUUUCUUCACUUGGUAUAAUGUAGUCGCGUUCCCUAUCACUGAAGGUCCUCGGUGGACCAAGGGUUUCUCGGCAAAUGUUGCUCUCACCUGCUGCUAUUUAACUCUCUUUAUGAUUGGGCAAUUCCUUUGGAGACGCGAUAUCAAAGCUGGUCUGUACAAGAGAGCUAUUGAAGAAGAGGAGAACGAAGAAGCAGCCCACGAGAAACUCGGGCCAAAUGUUGUUGACGACAAGGAUAGUGAUCAUCAUAUUGGACAGACUCAUAUCGAGGAUAAGAAUGUGGAGGACAACAGAAUCGAGGAGAUUAAGAUACAGGACAGAGAAGAACCCAUCGCGCUUGCGCUCCUUGUCGUGUGUUCGUUCUGUCAGCGCCUGGGGCAACCUUGCGAGUACAAGCCCGUCGAGCCUUUUUCUACCCAAGAAAUUCAGGGCCAGAUUUCAGGUAUAGCCCUAAGCUACUUUCAUACAAGUGCCCCUGACAACAUUAAAGCCGUUAGACUACAUUUGUUCACAGUGUGUGCACAGCAUGACCGAAUUGAUGCGCUAGAAGCUAAAAUGGAUCAAAUCCUACAAACGCUCAGUCACCUCAAUCCACCCGCCCCAUCCACUGAGCUUCCCUCCGAAUCACCAGUAGGUGCUUCGGGUCAGAAUACCUUACAAACACAAGACGACACACCAGCAAAUGAGGGACGCGUCUCUGAACUGUCGAUCUCGGAAGAUCAGGAACUACUCAGAGACAACUUCCUUGAUACUCUUAAGCAUCGCGAUAAGGAGCUUCAACUCGCCGUCAAAAUUCUCACUUAUCGGUUUCGUCCUGGACAGAUUAUCCUUGACAAACAAGAGGCUUUGAAUGGAUUGUCUGCGUCAUGUCGGAAGUUGGUAACAGAGCGUAUUUCCAAAGGCAAGAUAAGGCUAUCCACGCUACAAACUCUCUGCCUCCUCAGCAUGAUCAGCUUCUCAGAUGGGAUUCUAGAAGGGUACGUUAUGCAGGCUGGACUUGACCUCGAUAUGGCGCAUUACUUUGCCAGUGGCCUACCUCUUGGUUCAAGUUUAGGGGAUUCUUGUGAAUACUCUCUAUGCAUUCAAAAUAUCUCACUAUUGCAGAGAUUACAAGGAUCUAUUCCCGAUAUUGAAAACCCCGCCAAUAUACAAAAUUUGUUCCAAAGUGCCAACCACCUUCUGGACCUGAUCAACCACCGUGCCGAAAAGUUCACAUUACCAUGCCAGCCCAUCGCUGACGCAGAAUCGAAUGAUACUCGAGGUAUUCUAGCUUACAUGUUUCAAGCUGCCAAGGUCUUGCAUUUGGCAAGAGCAUAUGCGGCGAUGAGAGUUGGUUCAGACAGCCCUCCGCCUUGGAGCAUGCAAUCUGAUUAUGCACUCGUCAAUCUGCGCAACCUGGAGCUUAACUUCCAGUUUCCUCUUCUGUACCGCUUUGCCACUAACCACUUUGGCGAACUUCCUUUUGAGGUGCUACAGCAGCGCAGACAUUAUUAG